CUGAUCACCUGCACCAACCACUGCUCGCUCCGUGUUCAGCAGCACAGUCCGCCUGAGUAACACUCGACUCUCCUUACGUGUUUUGACCCUGCAGUGAUGAAAGUGAUGAGCUGAGGAAGACUAACAUCUAAAGACGUGACCCAUGGAUGUGUUGCACCCUUCAUCCAGCGCAGGGACGUCCAACUCGUCCUCAUACGCUUUCGCCAGCGCCUACCACAGCUACCAGAGCAAUGAAGUCCUCCUGCUCCACUAUAACCACUCGGGAAAACUAAAUCGGGACCCUAACAAAGAUAGACUCAAACCGGAAGACAUCGUCUUCCUCUUCAUCUGCCUCAUCAUCGUUGUGGAGAACAUCAUCGUCCUCAUGGCCAUCUGGAAGAACAAGAAGUUCCACAUGCCCAUGUAUUAUCUGCUGGGAAACCUGACGCUCUCAGACCUGCUAGCCGGAUUCACUUACAUGCUAAAUAUCAUGCUGUCAGGGCCGAACACGCUGAGUCUGACGCCACUGCUCUGGUUUAUAAGAGAAGGCUUGGUGUUUAUCACACUAGCGGCGUCUGUCAUCAGCUUGCUGGCUAUCGCCAUCGAGCGCUACUUCACCAUGCUCAACACGAAGCCUUAUUACCGCGCAAAGCGCAACCGCAUGUUCGUUCUGAUCGGGGUUAGCUGGGCGCUGUCGGUGUUGCUAGGCACCCUUCCCAUUAUGGGAUGGAACUGUUUGGGUGUCCUGGAGUCGUGCUCAACUGUGCUUCCGCUCUACGCUAAAAACUACAUCUUCUUCUGUGUGAUUGUGUUCAUGGCCGUCCUUCUGGGCAUCGUCGCGCUGUACGCACGGAUCUUUCACUUCGUAAAGUCCAACACGCAGAACCCGAGCUACGUGCCGCGCAAAGCCUACGGGCUUCGCUCGCGGAAAUACAUGGCGUUGCUAAAGACGGUCACCAUUGUAGUGGGAGUGUUUAUUCUGUGCUGGAUGCCUCUGUUCGUGCUUCUUCUCCUGGACUUCAUGUGCUCCCCAGAAGCGUGUCCGGUGCUACGCAAAGCUGAAUACUUCUUGGGCGUGGCCAUGAUUAACUCCUUCAUUAACCCGAUUAUCUACACGAUGACUAGCAGAGACAUCCGCCGGGCCAUCCUGAAGCUGCUCUUCAAACGCUGUCUGACCACCAAAGACGGGCAAUUGAGGAAUAUCGGCAUUAAGAUUAGCUUCACCAAGACUGACGCAAACCGUCACGGGCAGGAGAUGACCGUUUCAUCGGGAAAUGCCACAACCGUAAAUGUCAAAUCCAUCUAUCCGAAGCUCAAGUUAUCCGUCAUCGCCUAACGCCAUGUCCUGAGCCUAGCGUGUGAUGAAAGGCAUCUUUUCCAUGUUAAUCAGAGUUUUCCUAAUCAGCCACAAUGACAAUACGUGACAAUUCUAGUUUAGAAAUUUAGCGAUUUUGUGGCUGGAAAAACAUACGAAGUAUGACAAUGAUGAUCUCAGGUAGUAAUCAAAUGCUUCAUUUAAUGUUAAAAGCAUCUAAUGUGAGUUUGAACAUCAUUUUGCAUGACCUUUAUAGCCGUGUUGAGAGCGACAAUGGAUAAUUCACCUCUGAUCUUGAAAAUGAAAGGAAACAAGAACGAUCGAACUGAACUCAAUGUGAACAAAUAAGAGUAUUCUAUGGCAAAGAUUAUUUGUCACUCAGUAUGUAUUUUUAUUCAUAUAAAAAUUGUGUAAUAUUUAUGAAUUUGAUGUACUUAUGCAUUUCGUUGCGUAAGUAGUGUAUUUCCAGAGACUCCGCCCACACUCUCUUCUGAUUGGCUGUGAUGUUGAAUUGAUUUGGUUGCGAUUACAGCGCAUUUGCAGAGACUCCGCCCACACUCUCUUCUGAUUGGCUGUGAUGUUGAAUUGAUUUGGUUGCGCGUACAGCGCAUUUCCAGAGACUCCGCCCACACUCUCUUCUGAUUGGCUGUGAUGUUGAAUUGAUUUGGUUGCGAGUACAGUGCAUCUGCAGAGACUCCGCCCACACUCUCUUCUGAUUGGCUGUGGUUUUGAAUUGAUUUGGUUGCGAGUACAGUGCAUUUCCAGAGACUCCGCCCACACUCUCUUCUGAUUGGCUGUGAUGUUGAAUUGAUUUGGUUGCGAUUACAGCGCAUUUGCAGAGACUCCGCCCACACUCUCUUCUGAUUGGCUGUGAUGUUGAAUUGAUUUGGUUGCGCGUACAGCGCAUUUCCAGAGACUCCGCCCACACUCUCUUCUGAUUGGCUGUGAUGUUGAAUUGAUUUGGUUGCGAGUACAGUGCAUCUGCAGAGACUCCGCCCACACUCUCUUCUGAUUGGCUGUGGUUUUGAAUUGAUUUGGUUGCGAGUACAGUGCAUUUCCAGAGACUCCGCCCACACUCUCUUCUGAUUGGCUGUGAUGUUGAAUUGAUUUGGUUGCGAUUACAGCGCAUUUGCAGAGACUCCGCCCACACUCUCUUCUGAUUGGCUGUGAUGUUGAAUUGAUUUGGUUGCGCGUACAGCGCAUUUCCAGAGACUCCGCCCACACUCUCUUCUGAUUGGCUGUGAUGUUGAAUUGAUUUGGUUGCGAGUACAGUGCAUCUGCAGAGACUCCGCCCACACUCUCUUCUGAUUGGCUGUGGUUUUGAAUUGAUUUGGUUGCGAGUACAGUGCAUUUCCAGAGACUCCGCCCACACUCUCUUCUGAUUGGCUGUGGUUUUGAAUUGAUUUGGUUGCGAGUACAGUGCAUUUCCAGAGACUCCGCCCACACUCUCUUCUGAUUGGCUGUGGUUUUGAAUUGAUUUGGUU